GAGAAAAUCGUCACUAUUGUCGACCGAACAGCCGUGAUGGCUGAGCUGCAGAUGACGUGCCAUUGUGGCAACGUCAAGCACGCCCUUACCGGGGCGGCAGAUGCGAGCGACAUUGAGUUGUGCCACUGCUACGGCUGCCGGCACUCGACCGGGCAGCUCUACGCAUCAUACUACGAAGUCGACCGGGACAGCACGCUGCCGCUGUUGGCAAGUCCAGCGCUCUCGAGAUACGACUCAGCCGGGCCGCAACGAGGGGAUUCAGGAGGGGCGGCCCGUGAUGCAGCUACUGCGCUGUACUUUUGCUCGACGUGCGGGUGCCAUGUCUUUCGGACCACAGCUGGCCCCGAAGAGACGAGGGUUGAGGUUGCAACGGGGACACUUACUGACGGCAACGAGCUGUCGGCAGCCAAGUUUGCGUCCCAUGCCCGUGCUGAUGAGACUCGUGACGGCGGCUUGACAAAGUGGCUUGUCGAGUUGCCCAUCUCCAAACAUGCCGAGAAGAGCGUGAGGCAUUACUCUUCGGCCAAGCUCGUGCACAAGGCACUCCGACCCCACGACACACUCGACGCGUCGUGUCUCUGCGGCGGCGUGGCUCUGCGCAUCACCCGCCCCAACGCCUCAAGCCUCGAGCCCUGUUCUGGGUUCGCCGACAUGAUAAUCCCCUUUCACACGGGCGAUCCGGACAUCAAGAACCCAGCGGACGUCAAGUGGUGGCUGCGCGAGAGCGGCACCAAGUACAUGGCCGGGCUGUGUGCGUGCCAAACGUGCCGACUCGUGUCGGGCUUUGAGCUGCAGUCCUGGGCGUUCGUCCCGCGGACCAACAUCGAGUAUCGCGCCCGCGUGGACGGACAUGCCGACGACGGCUGGAAGGUCCUCGACUUUGAGGCGCUGCGGGCUACGGGUACGCUGCGCGGGUACGAGUCCUCGCCGGGGGUGAUGCGCGAGUUCUGCGGCGGCUGCGGCGCGACGGUGUUUUGGCACGACCGCUGGCGGCCGGAGCUGAUUGACGUGAGCGCGGGGUUGCUGCAGGACGACGACGGCGAGGGGGACGGCGUCAGGGCCGAGGGAUGGCUGAGCUGGUGGAUGGAUAGGGUGAGCUUUGCAGAGGACGUGGUGCUGGGCCGUCACGGCGUGCCGAGGGAGAGGGCCAGGUGGCUGGUGGAGAGCAUCGAAAAGAACAUGAGAACAGAGGGAGGAAGGAAGCAGGGAGGAUGA